AACUCUUUUUAUUACAUACACUUUAUCUGCAGCUUAGGUUUUGCUCACUCCUCAAAGCGCUCUUUGACUUGCGGGAAGCAUAAUCUUUUUCCUGCCAAUCAGAAUCCUGAGUAGUUUCUUUGGGUAGUGAAUAUAGGUAAUGGAGGAUGCCAAGGAGCACCAAAAUCAAUUCCAUGUUGAAGAUGAUGAGAAUGAAAUAGUUUCUGAAAGUACUGCAAUUGUGCAUGGGGAACCACUUCAAGAUGCUGCUGGACCUCCAAAAGUUGAUUCCGAGAUGGAAAUUCUUCAUGAAAAAGUAAGAAAGCAAAUCAUUAAGGAGGGCCAUGGCCACAAGCCAUCAAAGUAUUCAACAUGCUUCUGUUUUCAGGAGGAUAAGCUAGAGGAGGCCAUGCAACAGUAUGAAAUGGCCAUAGCAUACAUGGGUGAUGACUUCAUGUUCCAAUUAUUUGGGAAGUAUCGAGACAUGGCUUUAGCUGUAAAAAAUCCAUGUCAUCUCAACAUGGCGGCAUGUUUGAUAAAGCUCAAGCGCUAUGAAGAAGCCAUUGGACACUGUUCCAUUGUAUUAUCAGAAGAUGAAAAUAAUGUGAAAGCAAUGUUCAGACGCGGGAAGGCCAGAGCAGAGCUCGGGCAAACAGAUGCUGCAAGGGAAGACUUUCUAAAUGCUUGUAAGUAUGCACCUGAAGACAAAGCUAUUGCAAGAGAGUUGCGUAGGCUUGCUGAACAUGACAAGGCUGUAUACGAGAGGCAAAAAGAGAUUUAUAAAGGGAUUUUCGGGCCAAGACCAGAAUCUAAACCCAAGAGAAGUAAUUGGCUAAUCCGGUUGUGGCAAUGGCUUCGGUCAGUAUUCUAUUGGAUAUUCAGGCGUGAAAGAGUGAAAGCUGACUGAUUAUUUUAAGCUCCGAAUGAAUUGCCAAAAAGGAGUGAUCAAAUGAAAGCUUUGAAUCGUGAAGUAGUUGUGGAUGUUUGUGCUGAAGGUUUAAUUUGUUUGGUAAAAUGGUGCUGGAGUUUUAAGUGUAGUAUAAAAGCUCAUAAUGAAUGUAUGUGGAAUAGUCUCGUCUUCAAAAACACUGUAUUGCGUUGUUGCAGUUAUGCUCGUUCUACAGUUGCCUUUGAAAUUAAUAUUCUCAUAUUUAAA